AUGUGCUUUCACUCGGGGUCGCUCGGAGCUGCUCGGAGCAUUUUUUUCCCAAUAAUUUUCCCCCCUUUCCGCCGUCCCGCCUCUGGCAGACAAAAACCCCAGCCGCUCGCUUCUCCACAGAAAAAAAAAAGAAAAACUCUUUAUCACUUCAAAAGGGUAUACCCCAAAACCAGUGCCAAAUAUAAAAAGCAAAACCACUUCCAAAAGCAUUUCGAAUACCCCAGAACGAUAAUUGGUACCCCAAUGGUUGCCAAAACCGCCAGAAACCGCCACCGCCGGAAGCACAGAAAGCUGAAAUUUGGAUGCUCCGAAUGCAAGAGACGCCAUGUCAAGUGCUGCGAAUCCACUCCCCGCUGCAAAAACUGUGUCAGACAUAGAACGAAAUGCUGCUACCCACCGGACAAGCCCCAAUCGGAGCCAGAAGCGGAGUUGCCAGAUAAGGAAGCUCCAGAAGUGGUGGUGCCCGAGAAACCAGUCGCACUGAUGCUCCAACACCAGGUCAAACUGCUUUUCCCAACCCCACCUGCGCUGGCGUCGCAAUCCGAGCCCCGACCGGCGAUCAAGCGCUCGCGUUCGGACGGCGACGUCGAUCAGGUGUCGCCUAAGCGCCCUCACUUGGACACUACUGACAGCUUGCCGUUGCCAAGAGGCAUUGAAGACCUUGAGUUCGAUUCCGCAAGCGCGCAUUUACAAAUACCCGACAACAUGCAGGAACAACUGUCGGGGUUAUUUGAAUGGCAAAAACAGCGUCAGUCGCCACCGGCGCCGUCGCUGACGCCCCGAAUCAACCACGUUGACAAUGGGGGAAUUUCACUUUUGCAAUUAUUGACCAUGGGUCUCGUUGAUUACCAACAAAACACUGAUCAGGCUCUGAUGUCGCUGGUGCCCCGUAGUGGCCACGACCAGACUCAGGAAAGCCUUAAUGCCAUCAUUAUCAACCGCAUUGUCCACCUUGAAAACACCGUGGCCCAAAUCGGCACCGUGUCUCCUGACACUAGCAUCGCAUCUAUUGCACCCAGCAUGGCGUAUCCUUCACACACGCUCCCUCCCACGAACCCGGCGCCGGCGCCAAUUGACAAUACUGCAUUGUUCUAUAACCACCACGUCCCGUCUGCGAUUCCCAUGACGCCGCACCAGCUGUUCUUGACCAUGGUGCCGUCGCAGAUGCAAUCGCUCACGCCCCCUGACGGGCUGUUGAAAGUGCCGGCGGAGCUCGAGGCUCUGUUGGCGCUCCUGCCGCCAUUAAUGGCGCCCACCAACUCAAUAAUCGUGUCAUCGUUCCCUCAAAUGGGGCAAUCAACGCCACUGGCGGCGAUGUCGCUCGACCAACUCUGA